GCGUCCAGGGGAGGGAGGGGAAGGAAAGGGCAGCCUCCGGUCCACCGGAGGCUGCAGGAGGAACUAGGCCAGUUCCAUCUUGACCUCAUCUUCCGGACCCUCCGGCUGCGCCAGAGUGGUCUCCGUCAGGGCCGGGUUGCUGGGGGGGAGGCGUGGGAGGUGGAGCAAACUAUGCGGUUUGCCGGGGGCCUCGGCAAGAGCGCGACUUUCCGCCCGCUCCGCCUCCCCAGCAGCGGAGGAGGGCACGGAGGCCGGAGCUCUCCGCAGAUUGAACUGGAUUGAGGUCGGGAGAGGAGAGGCUGAGCAGAUAGAGCCAAGUCGCCGUGUAAUUGAAUGCCCAGAUAAUCUAUCUAGAGAUAGAUAAUUAUAAAAACGUUGUAGAUAAAAUAUCAUUCGAUUGUAAAGAUAUCUAUAAUGCACCUGGAUAAGAGCGCUGAGAUUCCCACAGCCGGUUCGGCCAACCUUCAGCCUCCUGUCGAGGUUCGCUCUGUUGUGGGAUUUCCCGUUGGGAGUCCACGUUAAUUUCUCCCAGAUGGGAGUCACGUGGACUUCCUUCCACGUCCAUCACAGCUAUUCCACCACUGCCGUUUUCCUCUGUAAGUAUUUACCGAGUCUUUACUCUAUGCUGAGCCCUGAAGUGGGCACCUACGGUGUGAAGAGCGCUGAGCUGGGGAACAAGGAAAAAAAGGUAGAGAGUGUCGCCCCUGCCCUCCCACACUCUAGCGGACGAGAUAGUCCAGACGGCCCAUCCCCUCGGGCCAGCUUUUCCACGAGCCCCCCCCGCCCACUCGAAGCUGCUCACUGCAGGCCCUCUGCUCUCGCAGACCCCCUUAGGAAUUUACUCCGCUUGCGCCGCGUCCUGGUCCAGCCCCUUUGCAUCCCUCGGGUCCAGCUCCCGGGCCCAGCCCCUAGGUGACCCGUUUCCUGGUCUCUGAGGGACGUCGUGUCUGUGGAUCUCCCCCGAGGUCCAGAAGCAGCGUGAGGGCAGGGACAGUGUCCGCACUGACCGCCGGUAGCGUCCCUGCCCCUUCCCGCUCCUCGCAGAGGCUGCACGAGGGCGAAGCGGCGCCGGGACCCGAGCCAGAGACACGUCCCCUACCCUUCCUCAGGCUCCCCCUCCCCUCUGGGCCCGGAGGAAGGGUCGCUGCCGGGUGGAGGGCUUCCCCAGCCAGCCCCCCGACCCCCACUACGGACGGCCGGGACACCGGACCGACGCUCCUCAGUCUAGCUCUGCUCGCGAGCGUCAUGGGGAGCACCGGGACAGUGAGGCUCCUCUUUUGGACCUCCAUCCUUUUCCCAGGCGUCCAGGCCUUGUCCGGCCCCGAGGAGGCCGAGGGUCCGGAAGGGGGGUCCCUGACCCUGCGCUGCGUGUACAAAGACGGGAUGCAGAGCGCCCCUAAAUACUGGUGCCGGGCGGGCGGGCUCUUCCUGACCCGCUGCUCCCAGUCGGUGAAGACCUCGGGGUCGGAGGUGGAGGCGACCAACGGCCCGAUGUCCAUCAGAGACAGCCACCGAGACCGCGCCUUCACCGUCACCAUGAAGGAGCUCACCACGCAGGACGCCGGCCAUUAUCUCUGCGGGGUGGAAAGGUUUGGAUUCGAUGACACGCUGCGUGUAACCGUGACAGUUUCUUCAGCCUUUCCCCCCUCCCAACCCGGAGACCCCGCUCCCAGCCAGGGCAGGACGCAUCACGCCACGCCCGCCCACAGAGGGACCAAAACCGAGUUCACCGCGCCCACCCGAGACCACCCAACUGCACACUCUACCGCGUCCCGGGGGGUCACUUCAAAGGAAGAACCCCGAGUUCCUCUCGGAUCCAGCGACCCCGAACCCAGUCGCCCCCCGACUCUGCAUCCUCUCCUUGGGCGGACACCAUCCCGGACGCCGAAAUUGACCAAUUCCGGCCGAGGCCUGACUCUGGCCGUUCGCCCCGUGACACCGGUGCUGAUCAGCGGGUCCCUCCGGGUGGAUUCUCUCUCUGCUCCCAGGUCUCAGGGCCCAACCCUCCGAAUCCUGGCCCCCUGCUUCGUGGGGCUUUUUCUGCUGGCGGGUGUGGCGGUGACUGUGCUGGUCACCCUCGCCCAGAACCGGAAGAAAGCCAGCCUAGGAGCGAAGGCCGCCGAGCCUUCAGGUAACCCGUGGAGUCGCUUCACGCAUUCCAAGAGGAAAAAGGGUGCGGCCCCGCGACAGCUGGCGGGCGGCUCGGAGGCGCUAGGAAGCAGCUGAUGUUCUCUCAGGAAGUACCCGAGGCCGAAGAGCUCGUCCAGAUUGGGGGAGAGGUCGGGUCGACCCCAGCCAAGGGAGACCGUCUCCCGGCGGGCCGGCCGGCCACCAGCCCACCCAGCCAGGGAAACCCAGGGCCGGAGACCGCACUCUGGCCCCCUCCUCUCUCCCUCUACCCUUUAGGAGGAGGAGGAAGCAGGGUCGAAGGGAAGGAGAAAGAGGAGGGAGGGGAAGGAGAAGACGAGGACCGCCUGCCCGGGGCAGAACCGUGAACUAGGCAUGUAGGAUCAGUGAUCUGCGGGCACUGGCGAGGCUGAUCGUUGCCCCGAGGGCACCUGUGGACUACCUAGCCUACCCUCCGGGUGCCUGUGGGCCGUCUGGACUGUCCAGUGCCCUCUGGGCACCUGUGGACUGGCUAGACUGACCAGUCCCCUGCUGGAGCCUGUGGCCGUCUGGACUGGUUAGUGCCCCGUGGCUACCUGUGGGCUGGCCGGGGCAGCAAAGUCACUGGCAACCUGCCACUCCCAGGAUGAGUGUUGCAGGCUGGAAUACAGCAUAAGGGACUCCUCCGAAGGGGCCAGUGAGAGGUGGGGGGUGGGAGAGCUGUACCCUCCCGUGGCGCCCCCUCCCCUGGGCGCCUGUCUCCAGGCCGUCAGCCACCGGCCCCGCCAACCGUUGCCCUCCCCGUCUGCCGCUCUGAACGUCCCACUCUC